AGACCUAAUAAUUGGGCUCACCUUCAAUUCUAUAUAUAUAUAUGUAUAAAACGCACUGUAUAGGGCGGCUCCGAGUUCAUUAACUCCCAGUCUCACAAUCUUCACUCUCAGCCGCAGCACCUGUUCUUCUUCCUCUUCUCCGUCUGACGUUUUCGAUUUCUCUUCUCCGUCUCCGAUCCCUUCACCAGUUCUUCAGAUUUUGCUCACCAUCCGCCCACCUCUCUCCUCCGAAUGUCCUACUAGAACGGUCGCUCAUUGCUUUAGGAGAUUGAAUUCUCUAGGCUUUCAACAAAUGGCUCCCACAAAGGGAAAUUGGAUUAAGAUCGAUCAAAAAACCACAGGCCCAGGUGCAAGAAGCUCUCACGCUAUCGCAAUCGUAGACCAAAAGGCCUACUCCUUUGGUGGAGAAUUCUCCCCCCGACUCCCCGUCGACAACAAACUCCACAUCUUCGACCUCCAUGAUCACAUCUGGACGGUUGGUGCCGCCUCUGGCGACAUCCCUCCACCUCGCGUCGGUGUUACGAUGGCCUCCGUCGGCCAAAUCAUUUAUGUCUUCGGCGGUAGGGAUACAGAGCACAAGGAACUAAACGAGCUUUACUCAUUUGACACAUCAAUCAACAAAUGGACGCUCCUCUCUGGUGGCGACUAUGGACCACCGCAGAGGAGCUACCACUCCACAACGGCCGAUGACCGUCGCAUCUACAUUUUCGGCGGGUGCGGUAACUCUGGUCGCCUCAACGACUUGUGGGCUUAUGAUACGAUAGAUGGAAAAUGGAUCGAGUAUCCAGCAGCAGGGGAAGGGUUAAAGGGUCGAGGUGGGCCGGGCCUAGCUGUGGCCCAAGAUAAAAUAUGGGUAGUGUAUGGAUUUGCGGGUAUGGAAAUGGACGACGUUCACUAUUUUAGUCCGGAGCAAAAUAAAUGGACCCAAGUUGAGACUAAGGGGGAAAGGCCGACAGCUAGGAGCGUGUUUUGCACGUGCGCAAUUGGGAAGUAUGUGUAUAUCUACGGUGGGGAAGUGGACCCCAGUGACCUAGGGCACUUGGGGGCCGGAAAGUUCGUCGGAGAGGUUUAUGUGUUGGACACGGAGGCGUUGGAGUGGAGUAGAGUGGAAGAUGGGUUGGGCUUAGAGGAUCAUCCUGGGCCGAGGGGUUGGUGUGCGUUUGCUGUGGGCCGAAAGGGAGGGGAAUUGGGCCUUCUAGUUUAUGGGGGUAAUUCGCCGAGCAAUGAUCGGUUGGGGGAUAUCCAUUUUUUUGCGCCGUGUGAGUGAGAAAAUGGUGGUGAUUUGAUGAUAGGUGGUGUUUUUUUUUCUUUUUUUUGGGUGAGAGUUGUGUUUGUAUUUUGGAAUAAAAAGCUUAAAUGGUAAUUGUAGAGAGAGAAUUAAGUAACAAUGUUGGUAAAUUUAAAAUGGAGUGAAGUGAUUAUUAUGUAUUUUUCAUCGUUAUAUAUCGAAGUGAGUGGGUGGUAAUUUUCAUUUUAAA